AUGGACCUCAGCGCGCAGAACAAGCUCAUCUGCGACGUCUGCGGCGACGUCGCCUUCGGCAAGCACUACGGCAUCAACGCCUGCAACGGCUGCAAGGGAUUCUUCAGAAGGAGGUGA